AUGGAGCCAGUGUUUGCCACCGCUUGGACCGGCGUGGAUUCGGCAGAAGAACACAUCCAAGUCAGUGACGACUUUGUCGAGUUCAGCAAUGGUGUGUAUUGUGAUUCCUUGGAACUUGCCUCCGGCCCGGACAAAAAAAAGGUGGGUGAAGAGGCCCGCAGCCGAGGAAUGGCUUGGGCGUGCUGUGGCAUGCGCGGCUGGAGACAAAACAUGGAGGAUGCUUCCUUGAUGUUGCCAAAGGGUUACUUGUCCGGCGACUGGCGAGAUUCCGCUUUGUUCGGCGUGUUCGAUGGCCAUGGUGGGGAGCAGGUCGCUCGCUUUGUAGUGCGCCGGCUGCCACAAGUCCUGGCCGACAUACCUGGGCCUGAUGCAGAAACGGCCCUGCGAGAGGCGUAUCUGCGCCUAGAUGAAAUGCUUCGGCAACCAACUUUCGCGGCAGAACUUCGGGAAAUGACUCUUCCAGGCAACGAGCCACAAGAGUCAGCCGAGACUUGUGGCACCACAGCAGUCUGCUGCUUGAUCCAGGAUAACGAGAUGAUCCUCUCCCAUGUUGGAGACUCUCGCGCAGUCCUUUGCCGGCAGGGCCAAGCAGUUGCCUUGACGGUAGACCACAAGCCUGAGCUGCCUGAGGAGACUCACAGGAUCGAGGCGGCCGGAGGAUUUGUGCAGGAGGGUGCCACAGCCAUGGGCAGUGGGAAGGAAUACCGUGUGAACGGGGGCCUCAACCUCUCGCGAGCCCUCGGAGAUCUUCGGUACAAAAGCGAUCCGAAGCUGAAGCCAUCCGCGCAGCUGGUAUCUGCAGUACCGGAUACGACGCGUGUUCAGUGGCAGCACGACAUGGACGAGUUUGUUCUCCUCGCCAGUGAUGGCGUUUGGGAAUGCGUGACGAACCAGCAGGCGGUCAACUUCGUCCGCACAAGACUGCCUCCGCCAGGAUCCAGGAAAGGCUUGCAACCUGUGUUGGCAGAGCUGUUGGACAUGUGCUGCGCAAGUACACCUGCACAAAGAGGUGGCCUCGGUUGUGACAACCUCACGGUGGUCUUGAUCCGCUUCGAGGUCCGUCUUGGGUCUUUGGGGUUUUGCUCGUAG